CAAAGACAACACAGUUGUACUAAGCCCAAGGCGUUCCCACAAACCCAAAACCCUCGCUCCCCUCCCUGCUGCGAACCUGAACCCGGAGAGUGCAUAUCGAAAAUGGCGAGAUCAGCUCUCCUCCACUUGCUCCGCACUCAGUCGAAGCACCAUCUUUCCUCAGGAAACCUAUUGUGUAGAUCUUUAGCAUCACCUCAUAAAUGGAGUUCCAGACCUAGUUUCAAUACUGCCACCAAAUUUUCAGCUGGUAACAGAAGAUGGCUAUCUCAGAGCCCAGCUGCUGAAGAAGAAAACAAGAUCAGCAUUGGACCGCGAAGGGGGGUCGCACCUGGAGAAGAUGAGAAAGACAACAGCAUUGUUUACUAUGGUCCAAUUUCAUCCACUAUUAAGAAAGUGAAACUCCUAUCACUCUCCACAUGCUGCCUCUCUGUAUCCUUGGGACCAGUCAUAACCUUCAUGACAUCACCGGAAAUGAACGUGAUCUUGAAGGGUGCCGUGGCAUCUUCUGUAAUAUUCCUCAGCGCUUCAACCACCGCGGCUCUUCACUGGUUUGUCAACCCAUACGUUCACAAAUUGAAAUGGCAGCCUGGCUCUGAUAGCUUCGAGGUGGAGAUGAUGUCAUGGUUAGCGAGCUAUAUUCCGAGGACAAUCAAGUUCUCGGAUAUUAAACCUCCAGAGACUAACAGGCCCUUUGUGACAUUCAAGGCGAAUGGUGAUUUCUACUUCGUUGACGAAAGCCACUGCCAUAAUAAGGCUUUGUUGGCCAGGCUGACCCCACAGAAACCUCCAGUUCAUCAGUCUGCUUUUAAGAACUUGUAAUUGAACCAUGGGAAACUUUGGAGGAUAUUUCGUUCAAGGCUUUGCUGUCGCUUUUUCCUUCUGAUGAGCUUCAAGAGACAACUGCGUAGAAUGGUAACCCGGAUAUCUUCUUCUCUUUUCUGCACUUCUAGAGGGUUUUUGAGCUCUAUGAAAUCACAUUGGAGAUUUUUGUUGUCUUUUGACUGGCUAUAUUUGCAUUCUGCAUAAAAUAAAGAUGAUUGGAAUUGCCACAUCUCAAGUA